AGAUGCAACAGGAACCACACUGACACAGACGGAAACGGCACUGACAAGCAUUUUGUACAUUAGAUGCUUCUCAUUUGAGCUGCAGACAAAGCAAGACCUCACAGGCCAAAAUGCGAGUGGCUUUUUAAAGCCACAGAUUUCUCCAUGGCUAAAGGAGUGGUGACUGCGUAUGCGCUGUGGGCAGUUGGUGGUCCGCUAGGACUCCAUCACCUGUACCUAGGCAGGGACAGCCACGCUCUGCUUUGGCUCCUUACCCUGGGGGGCUUUGGAGUGGGCUGGGCCAGGGAGAUCUUCCGCAUUCCAGAGUACGUCGGCGAGGCCAAUCGGGAGGCGGCCGGGCAGAACAGGCGGCAUCACGCAGCCAGGCCUCCCCCUGUGAGCCUUGCCCGAUUUGUUGGCCAGGUUUGCGUGGGCAUUUAUUUUGGCACAGUGGCCCUCAUUGGUCUAAACUCACUCAGCUUCUUCUACGUGAUGGUGCUGCCACUGUGUGUGGGUGCUGGAGUUCACCUUGUGUCCUGCGCAGGCCACGAGACAUCCAACCUGCAGAAGACCCUCACCGCCUGCCUCAUCACAUCCCCGAUCUUCUACGGCAGCACUCUCUCUCCUCUGCCCAUCAGCCUGGCAGCCAGUGUCACUGCAGCGCAGCAUCGCAGGUUCAAACGGCCGCACCCAUCUGGCACCCCCCCCGAUCCACUUGCUGCACGUCUGUACCGCCUAGGCUUGGCCUGGCUUGCCUUCUCUGCCCCUCUGGGAUACUGCGUAUUUCACAACACCACCGCCACGCUGUAUUACCUGUCGGACUGUGUGGCUGCGCUGCUGGACGCACUGUGGUUCCUGCCCUGGCUCCGGGACGUGCUGGAGUUCUUUCUGCUGCUGCCAUACAGAAUUCUGUGUGCUGUGACAGGGGGAGGGGGAGCAGAGGACAGCUGGAGGAAAGUGCUGGAGAUCCUGCUCCGGGAGCACAGCCAGAGAGAGAAGGAGGCACUGAAGGUCCUGUCAGUCAGUGAGGAUGCCUCCAUAGAGGAUAUAACACGGAGCUACAGGGAGCUGGUGAAGGUGUGGCACCCAGACCACAACCCCAACAGGAUGCUGGAGGCCCAGCAGAUGUUCAUUAAGAUCCAGGAGGCUUAUGAGACGCUGCUACGACGUCACAAUAUUUUCCGCAAGAAAUAAUUUUCUACAAACACAGAAAAACUGACAGGACACAGUGUGUGGGAUUGGUGGACCAGCGACAAACAUAAUCCUUCUCACAUGACAGGAUCAGUAAGCAGAUGAUACAGCUAUUAUAUGAGAAAAUGACACACAGCAAUCCUAACUGAACAUGGAAAUAAUGAAAAUACUACAUCACGGUGUCUUAGCUCAACACAGACACUGUACAAGUUUAAUAAAAUGUAAAGUAUUAAAAAUUCAAUUUUUAUAUUCAGCCCAACAUGUGCUGCUCUUGUAAAAAUGUUCAAACCUAUAAGGCUCAAAGACCUCAAAGUCUAACAAGAAAUUACAGAGUGCUGCAACGGUUUUGACUGGGCACAUUGAAGCCUCCUACUCUUGAUAUUUUAAAUGGUAAAUAUCAACUCCAAAGGGGCCGAAAUAUCAGCUAUUGGGAUCAGUUGUUUCCAUGAAAACGCAAAGUUGUAUGAUUACAGUUUUAAAAAAUAAAAUAUGUGUGUGUGCA